AUGUCCAAUUAUGACAAGUUAGUCAAAGGAGCGACAAAGCCUAAGCAGGAGCUUCCAAAGCCUAAGUACAUGCACCCAAUUCUGGCGGCGCCGGCGACUAGUGAGCAUGCAUUGCAGUCCGUGUUCCGGUCACUGUCCUAUCGCCUUCAGGAUCCGAGCAGCACGGUGGUGUUCAAAACGCUGAUUGUAGUCCACUCGCUGUUGCGGUCGAAGAAUUCAUUCACUGUACUCUCGUACCUCGCGGGCGAUCCCAGUGCGCUGCGCCUGCAGCGUGCCGCGACGGGCGGACUAAUGGAGUACACGUACUCCAAGACUUUGGCUCGCUAUGCCACCUACUUGGAGAGCAGGAUUGUGGCAUUUAAUGAGCUUGGCUACGAUGUUGUACAGGCGAGUCAGCGAGACCGCUUUACAAAGCUGCGCAAGAUGAGCGUUUCCAAAGGGCUUUUGCGCGAAAUUGCACUGAUCCAGCGUGUGAUGAAAUCGGCGCUAGAGUGCAGUUUCUUUACCGAGGAAGUGCAGGAUCCACUGACAUUGUCUGCAUUGCAAAUGACAUUGAAAGACAUGCUCGCACAUUACAUGGGCAUGAACGAAGGCAUUAUAAAUAUGCUCCAGCACUAUUUCGAUAUGAAUGCGCGCGAUGCGGAGCGGUCAUUGGAGCUGUACCGCCGCUUUGCGUGGCAGACGGAGCGUGUUGUCUCGUUCCUGGAUAUGGCGCGGCGUGCAUCGCCGGUACUGCGUGAAGCAAUCCCGCACUUGAAUCAUGCACCGCUCGAGCUUGCUGGUGCGUUGGAAGAUUACCUAAACGAUCCCAACUUUGAUAAGAACCGCGAAGAGUACAAGCGCAAUCGCGAGCAAAGAAGCGGCAGCAGGACGGCGGCACAGAACUCCAAGGCCUCGGGUACUGCGCCUGUGCAGCGUGAGGUGGAGCAGGCACAGCACCUAGACAAGGACGCAGCGCCGCAAAAAGAGCCAAGCGCGCCCGCGAGCACCAAACCAAACCUCUCUGCCUUUGACGACUUUUUUGAGUCACUUGAGCAACCAAACAACACACCAUUCCAAGCCGCGUACGCGUCUUUUUCAGGCUUCAAUGCACAGCCGGAUUGGUAUGGUAUGCAAAUGACACCGACUGGAGGGUACGCUGCGUUCGGUGCACAGCCCACCGGAUUCAAUCCAUUCGCACCGAUGGGGAUGAUGCCUACCGGCGCGAUGCCGAUGAUGCAGCAGCAAGCGACUGGGCACAACCCAUUUGGAAUGCAGCCGAUGCAUACAGGACAAGCGCCACUGAUGCCACAGCAUACAAUGGCCACCACACCGUUCGACUCCAUUUUUGGGCAAAGGUCAAUGACGUCCGGCGCGCAAACCCGCAACGCAUCUUUUUCGGUCCCAACACAGGGAACGAUGCAAGCGCAAAGCACGGGCAUGCACACAGCGAUGCCCGUACAAAAAGAGCCAACUGGAAUGCCAACAGAGCACACUGCUUUUUCGCGGCCCGAAGCAACGCAGCGCAACGUCUCGUUAUCUGAGCCGCCCAAAGAGUCACCUGCACCUGCGCCUGCGCGGCUCAAGACGCAAAAGACGGGCUCGAUGAAUCCGUUUUCGAUUCCAAGUGACUUUGAGGAGCCUGUGCCAGUGGUUCAGCAGCCAAAGCAGCCUUCACUGAACGAUAUGGCACGCAAUGCAUGGGCUGGGACACAGAUACAGUCAGAGGAGCUAGAACCGAGUGCACAAAGCAACUUGGCGCCACAACAAACAGGUAUGCUGAGCAGUAUCGCUUCCGAGUUUGCACGUCCACAAGCGCCGAAUAGUGCCCAGGGACCUGUUCAGCUCCCCGCGCAGUCCACGAAUCUUGCAAAUGCGUUUAGUGCACCGGAACAACAAGCAAAUGCACUUGAUGUGGGCGCUUUGUCGCACACCGGCGCACCGCGCGAUUCGCAAUCGGGCGCAAUAAUGGGUGCACAAGCCACGGAGCUAAACAGCGGCGCGCCAAGACUGCAGUCCGAAAGCAUAGGACCCCAACUGACCGGGCUCUCAAACCUCUCUAGCAGCCUCGGUACCAAUCUCCCCAACCUCCAUACCGGACUCGGAAGAGCGCAAGGUCUUGGCGCGCAGCCAACCAACCUGCGACUUGGCUCUUUUAGCUCUUCGAGCACAGGCCUUGGCGCGCAGCAUCCGGUCCUUGGCGCGCAGCAUCCGGUCCUUGGCACGGGCCGCAGCUCUAGCAUCUCCUCCGUCGGACAGUUCGGCGCACAAGGCCAGCAGUCGCUGCAAAUGGGCCUGCGCUCGCCGCUCGGUACAGGUGCGUCGGGCCUUCAGGCACAAGCAACGGGCCUUGGACACGCCGCAUUCAGCCCCACCGGCCAAUCGACACUGCCUGCCACACUUGCAGGGAUCAAACCAUUUGAGCCCUCCAGUACUUUUGGGCACAGCCUUUUUAAUCAGCAGACCACCGGCACCCCAGCACCGACGCAGGAUCUCUUGCAGCUCUAA